UGGUUCCCAGCUAACGCUAGGAGAGGUUGGUGUGUUGUACCCGAUGGUGACCUGACGAACUACAGAAUGUUCGGGUAUUUAGCAACAGUCGCCUUCACAUUUGUUCUGGUCAAAUGCUCGGCCACAGAGGUGACGGAGUUCUGCUCGUUCUUUAAUAACCGUGCACCAAAGCCGCAGCCAAACCUAAAAAACUGUACGUGGUUUAAGAAGAACAGUUGUUGCAUGCAAGAGGAGAUUGCGGAGACAUUUGGGCAAGUGAAAAGUCUUCCUGGUGCGUCCCCAGCAUGUCAACAAUACACCAAUUACUUGAUGUGCUAUAUCUGUGCCCCCUACCAGAACAUGUUUUACAUGUGGGGAAACCUGAUGGUGUGUGAGGAAUUUUGUGACGCUUGGUACGGAGCUUGUGGGUCGGCCAUUCUUAAAGGCUCGAGAGUUAACCAGCUAUACACGAACGGAAGCGACUUCUGUAAGAGUAGGUCAUACAAAGUCAGCGCCAUAGCACAGAACAACUGCUUCUUCUUUGACGUAUUGCUGGACACGACAAAUGGACAACGUUCGGGACAUAUUUAUUGGGAACAUCAUCCUGCCAUGUUAGUAUCAACAAUGAUCAUGUUUGGUUUAGUAUUAUAUCCACUGUAAACAGUGCCGUCUAUCAGAUCAAUACCAUCCAUCGAUCCGAAUACAGCAGACUCAACAGUAUUUACUGGACCAGAAUCACACGAAACGUAAUUUAAUGUAACGAAAAAUUUGGAAAUACAUAAGGAGUUCAUAAGGAGUUCAGAGAGAGUUCAUAUAAUUGGUUUUUUUUUCGCCCAAGAUGACGUGCAUGUUUCCAAAGAGAACAUUUUCUUUGUAUGUGGAACCCUCCAUGAGAAUAAUCAAUAUGGCACCAAGACUGUGCCCAUAACACACACGAUAGCACUGUGAUAGGAUCAAUACAACGGAGAGUGCAAGCCAAAAGCACCAUAUCAUUGUUCGAUGACGUGCGAGUGUGUACUCGUAGACAAGAGUUGUGAUAUUAUUUUUAAUGUUUGGUUUUACAACGAUUUAAUAUAUGUUUAUAGUGACUUUGAUAAACUUUAGUAAUAAAUAAUUGUGUUAUAACGAAUUUGUAUGUAGAUAACUAGAUACAUUUUAUAGAUAGUUCACGUCACGACCCAUACAUACUCAUUAUGUUUUCACAAUGUGUGUAAAUAAGAUUAAAUAUUAUAUGAAACUAGU